AAAGUAGACCCGGAAGUUUUCCUCUGCCUACUUAUUUGCGUAGUUUAAUAACAAAUUAAAAAGAGCUAUACUCGUAGAACAUGGCGCCGAGCGGCUCGUCAGACGUGUAGAUCACAGAUUCACGUCGAGGUAUAGCUCGUGAAACCAGCCGCAGAAUCGUGGGUCCAGCUCCUGUAAAGCAUGGAGGAGCUCUACACUUUAGAGAAGGAGGUAGGACGAGGCAGCUAUGGCGUGGUCUUUGAGGGACAUAUGGUCAAAACAGGACAGAAGGUGGCCAUUAAGCGGCUGCCCUGCAGCAACCCGGAGUGCAUUGAGCUCUACCUGCAAGAGCUGUGGGCCAUGAGAGCCACAGCCAAGAACCACAUCAACGUCAUUGCACUCCACAGCUGCCUCCUGCAGACAGGCCCCAGAAGCUUGAAGCCCCUGAAACCAGGGAAACUGCCUCUACGUCUGGUUGAGAGUGUGCUGAAGGGCAGUGUGGUGGGGGCAGCACAAAGUCAGGAAAGGAUUCACGCCCAAUCGACCGCCAUGAAGAGGACGUAUUCUCUCCCCAGGCUUCAGGACAGGACCAACACUGUCCAAGUCAGGCCUAAGCUCCAGGACACAACAAAAUCAAAUGCAUCUGAUGCUACAACCCCGCAACGGCCUCAAAACCAAGCCAGAAAGAGACGGGCCCAGAGCGAGGGGGAGCAGCCGGGACCCCUGCGAUGCCUGGCCCUGUGGCUCGUGAUGGAGUACUGUGACGGGGGCGACUUGAAUCAGUACCUGCUCUCCAGGCCGCCAGAUGCCCAGCGUAACCACAGUGUGGUGCGACAGCUUUGCCGAGCUGUGGCCUUCCUGCAUGGCCUUGGCAUCACCCAUCGAGACCUGAAGCCCGACAAUGUGCUGGUGUGUGUCACAUCAAAAGGCCCUGUCGUCAAGGUGGCAGACUUUGGUCUGAGCAAGAUGAGUGAAGGUCUGGUGGACGGGGUUGAAAACAUGCAGCACUUCUCAUCCACCUGUGGCUCCGACUUUUACAUGGCUCCAGAGGUGUGGGGAGGACUGACCUACACGGCCCAGGCGGACAUCUUCUCGCUAGGUGUGAUGUUCUGGGCGGUUCUGGAAAGAAUAACCUUUCUGCAAGAAGGGACCACACAGGAACAGCUGGGCGCCUACGUGUGUAAGGGUCGCUCGGGCUGGUUGAUGCCGCUGGGGGAAGCCUUGUGGGAGAACGCCGACCUCCAGCUGUGUAUCCCAAUGAAGUUUAAGAGAGCACCCCCGCUGCCACCCCCUCCCGGUCCAUCUACGUGCACUCUGCUUUUAGACAUGCUCGCCUCAAACCCGGAUGCCCGGCCCCCGGCAGACCAGCUGGAGGCCAGAGUGCGAUCCGCUCUCAAAGAGGACUCCCACUGACACAAAGUGCGCUUAAGCGACCAUUAUGGCUCUUACCACUGUACCCACUACACAGAAAUAUUGACUGUGCGCCCUCGGACCACAGUGCUUCCUAUGUGUGUCAACAGGAACCACUUUGCUGCCACUGGGAAGUGGGGAUAACAAAUAUGUAUGAUUAUAUGAAAUUGAAGGUGCUAUUUCUGUCACUGAAACGCCAGUGUGGUUUAGAAAACCAUGUAGAAAAACCAGAAAAAGGGAAAAUGGGGUUGAAAUAGAAGUGGUCCCUUUUGACCCCCGAGAGCCUCUCGAGGAAAUCAGUCUAUUGGCCUUGGACCCCUGUAAUGCACUGCAGACUAAACACGCAAUGAUACUCAAGCAAGUCUUUCUAGAGAUCCAGAGGGACUCGCUGAGUUUCCUGUAAGCACCGUGCUGUUUAGGUACACAGGCGUUUGACAGAGAAAAUCUAUUUUGGUAAGUAUAGAGCAGAAAUUAAUAAAAUGGUUUGAUGUUAGUGCUUGUGAACAGACCAGUGUUUGACUGACUCGCCAUCCUGCUGUGUUUCUAUUACUGAAUUUGACAUUGAUUUUUUUUAUAUUGUUUUAACUUAAUUUGUACUGGCCUUCCUGGCCGAGGUAUUUCCACCUCAUACUGAUGUGGCAUGGAUUGAACAGUCUGCUUGGUUUCCAGAUGUAUUAAAUACGUAAAGAGAUGAAACAGAUGUCUGUCAGUUGUAAUGCCAGAAUAGAGUCCUGUAAUAAAACCCAUCUGUAACACAACUUAUCCAAAACUAUAUUGAGGGUUUUAUGUCAACAGUAGUUCAGUCGUGAGGCUGUAGUGUUUUAUGGAAUGCAUAAUACAGUGACAUGUUUCUAACAUUUGUAGUAUAUGUAAAUGAGCGGCUCCCAAAUAAUACCACCUCAAUAUAAUGAACUUGAUCUCUACACAAUCUAAAAAAAGAGUAGGAGCCAAAUGGUUGUAAGUUAGAAAGUUGUGUGAGAAUGUAUUUAUUGCAAGGCUUUAAUAUUCUAAUGUUAAUUCCGCUUUCUUUAAUUAGCUUUUUAUUGAUGUAAGAAUGCGUCUUAAGAGAUGAUUGUGUUUGACACAUUUUGCUUCAUGCUCGAGCUGAGCGAUAAGGCCAACAAUUAUUUCAAGUUUACAUCAGUCGAUAUCAAAAAUUCUCAAUAAAUGUCACAUUAUUUCUUAAGUUUAAGGACUUAAUUCUUGUCUUGAGUGAAGGCGUUGGUUUCAAGUUAUUCUAUAGGAGUAUGACCACCACUAGAUAAACAACAGAACAUUUAAACAUCUGUAAAUAAUUACAUGUUGUACCUCCUUAUUGUAUCUUCACAAUGCCUACAGAUUAUCUGUAUAUUGCUUUUUUCGAUGCUGUGAUCAUAAUUUUAUGUCCCAGCCUUUCUUUAUACAUAAUUUUAAGAACAGAUUGUGGGUCUUAUUGAGAUUUUUUUUCAUUCUCUUUCACCAGUUUCUCUUUGGUUCAGUAACAUUUUCUGCUGCUGCUUUUUAAAAGUAGAAGUUGACUCCAACUGUGUGACUGAUUCCUGUGACGUGCAUGUGUGAAACGUGCGAUCAGCGAGAGACUUGACAAUGAAAGUCGGCAAUAUAACAUCCUCUCAUUAACAGGAAAUUAAAGCAGGCAUUAGGAUUGUUGCUGAUCAUAUCAAAAACAUUUAUUACUGGCCAUCGACCUCAGUCUCUGAUCGUCCAAAUGUUUCUGCCCAUGUGACUGAAGAAAAGUUUAUAUGCAUUCCGACAUGCCGUGCCAUACACACAGACAUCGCCCGUCCUGUUCAUUUGAUUGUGAUGUUUCAGAAUCACCCCGUGGAAAUUUGGCACAAACGAUCACUUGACCUCAAGCAUGAAGCGAACUUGGUGGUUAAAGGUCACACACUUUUGGCCAUAAAUCAGGAUUGACAUGUUUAUUAUACACUUACAAAAUACCCAUAAACCUUCAUUAUAUGUAGUAGGUUCUACAGAAUAGCUGCUAUCAGACAUGCACUGUUGUAAAAACUCUGUAGAAUGUCCGAAUAAUGUGGUGCGAGAAAACAGAAGAGAUCCUCGGCAGGAUUUACAGCAAUUACAGGAUGAAGAUGUCAAGAGAGAGCUUUUGGUGAUAAGGGCCGACACUCGUGUCCUUGUGCUGUAAACAAAAACCAAUACGUUACUUCGCCAACCCUCCCCUUAAAGCAGAUUUCUGUGUUGUUGAGAAUGCGUCCGAGUGGACAAUCUCCUGCUGCAUUGUACAUGUGUGAAAGGAAGUGGUAAUUAUAAUUCUACUCAAAUGUAAUUUAAAUCAAAUAAAUGAACGAGACAAAUGAAAUUGUUAUUCAUGUUUUACAGUCUGGCAGGAAGUCGACCUCCAGGGGACAACAUUUUAGUAAAGAAAUGACAAAGCAGCAGUGAUGGGACAGUAACCACUCACCUGUUCUAUCACUCUGCCUGUGAUAAGGCUCCUGAGCUCAAUGACUGUGAUGUAGAGAUUUAAACCAGUGAGCUCGGCUUCCUCUCUCCCCGCUCAGUGAGGUGGUCUCUGACUGAUCUGUGUCAACCUGCAGUGGUAUGAGAGGGACCCCACCCCUUCUGCUGGCCAGACCUUCCUGCGUCCCAAGUCCUUUUACUGAACAGGAAUGGAGGGUUCUUUCUAUGUUUGAGUUUCGAAUGUGUUUAGUAUAUAAAGGUUUCAUACUUGUUCAUGACUCAUGGAACAUGUGUUCUGUCCACACUGGCUGACAGGUGAUGCCCCCUUCGCAGGACUUCAGUGUCAAAGAUGUUAACAAAACCACUGCAAUUUUUCAUGGUGGGUGGUGACAUGAAGGAGGGCUCUGUACUGGCAGAGGGUAUUUUUCAUGUCAGACACAUUGUAACAGGACUCAAUGAGGGCUGAGGUCCCCCCCCCAUUUCUCAGAAUAGGAAUACUAUUAUGAAGGAAUCAAUUUUCCAGCCAGAGUGGACAGGAUGAAUGAUUGCUGUGAUUAAAAUGUUCGAUGUUCUGAUGGACAUGUGAAAUAAUGUAGAGUUGUCCUCA